CCCGGUGUCAGGCUGCGCUUUAGUGUCAACACGUGCAGUUAUGUCCAAAGCUAAACAAAAAAGAGCGAAAAGGCUUGGUUUCAGUGGUAAAAAGAGCAAGGAUGGAGGGCAAACCAGCAACCAGGGAGGCAGGAAGGAUCCGGGUGUCCCUAACGUUAGACACUUCAAAGAAAAUGCGCAGAGACAAGCUGAACUUAGACAAAAAAGGCUCGAGGAACUCCAAGAGAAGCAGAAACUGUCCAGGGAGAAGGAGCACAUGAAAAGGAGGAGUUUGGACACUUUCCAGAGAGAUGUCCAGCAACGACAACAGGCUUUUGAACAGAGGGAAGUGGAAAUGCAGAAUUUGGAAAAGCAUGUUAAUUUCGAGAAUGAAAGUUCAAGGAAGGCAUAUUACAGGGAAUUCAAAAAGGUUGUUGAAGCCGCUGAUGUGAUUCUGGAAGUCCUGGAUGCCCGUGAUCCUUUGGGCUGUCGCUGUCCCCAGGUGGAACAGGCGGUUGUCCAAAGUGGCAUUAACAAGAAGAUUGUUCUUGUUCUCAACAAAAUUGAUCUUGUAUCUAAGGAUAUCAUUGAGAAAUGGAUCAAGUACCUUCGCCAUGAAUUUCCAACUGUGGCAUUCAAAGCUUCUACCCAACAGCAGAGCAGAAACCUGAAACGCAGCAAUGUACCAGUCACAAAAGCCACAGCUGACCUACUGGGCAGUAGUGCAUGUGUGGGUGCGGAAUGCUUGAUGAAACUCCUGGGAAACUACUGUCGGAACCAGGACAUCAAGACAGCCAUCACUGUUGGGGUUGUAGGUUUUCCGAAUGUUGGUAAGAGUAGCUUGAUCAACAGUCUGAAGAGAGCCCGGGCCUGUAGUGUGGGAGCUACCCCAGGAGUGACAAAAUGCCUUCAGGAAGUGCACUUAGACAAACACAUCAAGCUUCUAGAUUGCCCUGGAAUUGUUAUGGCAACCUCCACCAGUGAUGCGGCCAUGAUUCUUCGGAACUGUGUGAAGAUUGAACAACUGGUAGACCCUUUACCAGCCAUUGAAGCAAUCUUGAGGCGCUGCAACAAGACACAGAUUAUGGAACAUUAUGGGGUUCCAGAUUUCCAUACUUCUCUGGAGUUCCUGGCCUUGCUAGCACGGCGGCAGGGGAAGCUGCGAAAAGGGGGACUUCCAGACAGUGACAAGGCUGCCAAGAGUGUCCUCAUGGACUGGACAGGAGGCCGCAUCAGCUAUUUCACUCAUCCUCCAGAAACGCACACAAUGCCUACCCAUGUCAGUGCUGAGAUCGUGGCAGAGAUGGGCAAGGCCUUUGACUGGGAUGAACUAGAGAAAGGAAAUGAAGAGGCACUUGCAGCAAUGGACUCCACUGAGGUUGAAAUGGGAUUCUGCAUGGCAACAUCAGGUAUGACACAAGGUGCUCAGCUGGACAUGCCAGUUGAAGAUGACGAAGGUUUGGAAGAUGACGAGUCUAUUGUCAAAGCGGAGUCAAUGGAGGAUGAUCAGGAUCCGGAGUUUGGACCGAUGACGGUUGAAAUCAAAAGGUCCCAGGGUAAGAAUGGGAGUGUUUUGGAGGGUGCAGCCCCUAAAGCUGUUGACCUGAGAGACAUCCUUGAUGUGGAUCCUCUCCAACAAGGCCAGGCUCUGUUGGCUGCUGGCAAAAAAAGGAAGAAACAGCAAAAGAGAGCAGACAAAAUUGCUGUGAAGCUCUCGGACACACUAACGUCAGCUAUGAACACUUUUUGGGACAGUUGAUACAAUGACCAGCAAAGGAGUUGGAGUUGGCUGUUUUGCUUUUAUUUUCUGUAUAAAUGUAAAAUGGUAAAAUGAUGUACGUGGUGUACAGCUAUCAAGAGAAAUAAAUAUCAUACAUUUCUCAGUAAGAAUUA